GACGUCACGCACUUUCCGUGAAGCAAACUGCCGACACGGCAGACGUUUGAGGCAAUGAAUCGCAAUAGCAAGAGGAACCAGAGAAUGCAGCGCUCACAGUCGUCUGGGCCGAGUACGUCUGGAGUCAGGAGACACGGCACGCACACCAACCGUCGCAGCAAACGCGCGUCCGUCAGAGGUGGACAAGGGAGACGCUCGCUGCAGCAGCCAAAAGCGCAACGGGCCAGAUACCAGAAGAGCGGACGCACAGGACGCAAGGCAACCAGGGGCAACGUCGGCUCAACGGGCAGAAACAGGGGCAGAAAAAUGAACCGAAGCAAGGUCAGCAAAACGACCCGAAGCCAGGUCUUCAUGGCGAACCGCCCAGGCCUGGCGAGAGAGGAGAACGGAGAAGCCAGCAGCCCUCAACAGGACCCGCCUUUGCAACAAGAGGCCUGUGCUGACGGGAGCCUGGAACCUAACGUUCAGAGUGAAGAAGCCUAACAGACAUUAAGAGAACUCUGCUCAGUCACGUGGUGUUUUAUUUUCCCCUUCCCCACCCCGGUUUUAACCUCCGUCUUGAGGAGAAGGGGGAAGGAUGAGUUUUAGAAUCGGUCUUUUAGAAUCUAGUUUUAGAAUUUUUAAUCGCUCAACGAAGACAAAUGUCACAAAACAUUGCUACCGUUUGUUAAGAUUACGCACUUAUUUUUGUAAUAAAACCUGAAACAGAAA